AUUCAUUCAUUCAUUGUCAAAUAGUUAGCAAGAUGGUAGCGUGAGUUUGCUGCAUCUCUGCUCUUUAUUGAUUUUCCACUAUCUGAGUGCAUAAUUCAACUUUUCAAUUUAAUUGCUUUGAAAAAAAAUCCUUAAAGCUUCUCCACGAUGUCUGUUAAAGUGUUCGAAGCCAGGGAGCACUGCAAGGCAGCCGAAAAAUUCUUGAAGACCACCCUUCUCCGUUGGAAGCCGGAUUACGAUUCGGCAGCUGAUGAAUACAGCCAAGCAGCCCAGUGCUACCGCAUUGCUCGUGACGCAGCCAACUCCAAGGACUGCCAUCUGAAAGCCUCAGAGUGUUACAAGAAGAACAACGCGUUCUUCCAUGCUGCUAAGGCCCUGGAAAACGCUGUCCUCGUCUGCAAAGAUACCGCAACUCCUCAGGAGCUGCAUAAAUUGGCGUUGGAGUCAGGGGAGUUGUACCAACAGCACGGUUCUGGCGACAGCGCUGCCUCCGUACUAGGGAAGACAGCUAAGAUAAUCGAGGAAGCGUCUCCUGAACUAGCUGUGGAGCUAUUCCAAAUGGCUGCCGACGCGUCUGCUACGGAGAGCAGUCAGCAUCAGGGUUCCGAGUACAUCAGCAAGGCGUCCCGCAUCCUCGUCAAACUGCAACGCUAUGACCAGGCGGUGGACAGUCUGCGGCGAGAGAUCGGCUUCCACCAAGAGGCUGGAAAUAUGGGAGCUAUUGGAAGACUCACCGUUGCUAUUGUCCUCGUGCAGCUCGCCAGGGGAGAUGCCGUCGCCGCAGAGAAGGCUUACAAGGAAUGGGGCAGCAACUGCGAGGUGGCUGAGAUGCAGACCUUGGAACAGAUACUCCAAGCCUAUGAUGAGGAGGACAGGGAGUCAGCGAAGCGUGCGCUGGCCAGCCCUUUCAUCCGCAACAUGGACGUGGAGUACGCCAGGCUGGCGGCCAUGGUUCCACUGCCUGAAGCCAUGGAGCCCGCCCCCAGGGCCACUGUCGUCGAGAACGCCGCCCCGUCUUAUGUUAGCCCCAACGCGCACUCCACUACCACAGCGGAGGUGUGCCCAAAGGUUGAGGAGUCUCCCUACGCUCCGGUGACGUAUGCUCCCAAGAAACCGGUUGAGGAGGAGGACGGUCUCUGCUAAGCUGCCAUCGACCCUUCGUGUUCUGUUGCCUGCCUACCCAAGAAGAUGGUGAUAGCGUGAUGAUAUUAAAAUCUUAAGACAAAAAGCGGAUUGUUACAACUUGGUUCAUCGUUUUGUAUCUCUGCCUACCCCGUGUGCGGGUAUACGGCGUGAUGAUUAUAAUAUAAAAUGAAUUGUUGAACGUAUUGUUAAACGCAAAUCCCGAGAACGGAUGAUUUUGUUAAUUAUUGUUUUUGUUGGGUUUUGUUAACCGGAGAUGGUUCUUACGUUAGAAUAUAAUUGUAAAGAUGUGCAGAAAUAUUACCAAGGCGAAAUAAAGUUCGCGGCGUCCGCUAGUGUAGAGUAAAUUCGUCUGAAUUGUUAGAACUAAAAAUUAAUAGUCUGUUUAGUCUAAAUUCUGCCAUUCUUUAGACUAUAAAAAUACGCAAUUUUUACACAACAUACAUCAACAGCCUAUUAGAGGUCACUGCUGAUCAAAGGCCUCUUCUCAAACGAAGAAGGUUUGAACAUUAAUCACCACAAUGCUCAAUGCGGGUUAGAAAUUAAAAGGCCAGGUUGAUUCACGAUGUUUUUCUUCACCGUUUGUCAGUGGUGUCUAAAUAAUCUUAGAAAGCACAUAUUAUUCGGAAAAUGUCACAUUGGUACUUGCUGUUGGUAGGUUUCGAACCCCCAUUUUCAUGCAUGAGGAGCAGAUGUCUUUAACCUCCGGGCCAUCACUUUCACACAAUUUUAUAAGAUUGUAUAAUUAUGGAAGCAACAUAAAAAAUAUUUGAUGCCGAAACAUACUAAUUAAUAAUCAAAUAAUAUCAUUGAACAAGAUAUAUUUCACAUUGGCCAUCUCCUAUACAUAGCAAAAAAUCGCGCUAUCACCAGCAUAUAUAGCUAACAACCGCUUUGUAUGUUAUUGUGAACUUGUAAUUAUUCGACGCUACUCACUAUAGCACUUCACACAAGCACUGCAAAUUCACACCAUUGCACCACACACACAUCUUCAUGACAGGGCUGAACUUGGUCUAUAAAUAACUUCAAUUACGCCCAAAAAGGCCACUUUUUUAAACCUAUAUCAUCACUUUUAAACCCCAAAAAAGCUGUUGUUAGAAGCCUAAUUAUAGUUUCGAUCGCCUUCGAUCUUUAAUCUUUUCCCUGUCCAUAAUAUGUAUUUAUAUAAAAAAAAAACUUGUGACUGAACCAAUGCAAUACGAACUGUACGUGGGUAAGUACAGUUUAAUGAAAUAAAAAGCAAUGGAAAGCGGGAGCUUUAAACUAGGUUUAAAGUUUCGCUGUUUUGUUGAAAGGUUCGUAAAGUAAUGAAUCGAAGUAUAUAUUGUUAAAUAUGUUAACUUUUGGAAAUUUUAAACAUGAUGUUUUAAUGUAAAUGUGUUUGGGAUCGCGUGGCCACAGUGUCAAAAUGCACAACAUCUUACUAGGAGACGUGGUUUCUUAAGGAACGCCUAAGUUCCAAAUAACAACUGCGUAAGGCUUUGGCUCAUAAGUAAAAGUCCAUUUGGACAAAAUAAUACCUGGAUUAAAUCCACAAUCCUCAGUAAUAUACUGUACUAUACUGAUAUAAAGUACUGAUAAAAACAGUUUUUACAGAGUAUACCGAUGUAAAGAAAAAUAACUUAAUACUGAACAUCAAAUUCAAUUAAUACAUUGUUAAUUCUCAUUUUGAUACUGUUUCCGCGUGAUACAACCGAAAUAAUAUAAAUAUAGAAAUCGUUUGAAUAAAAUCAAAUUGGCAUUGAAUCAAAUAGUACACAUUACAAGAUAAGUAAUUGCAUUUUGAAAAGAUCUUUAAAAAAGUAUCGUUCGCGCUAAUCAGGUGUAUUUGAUAUUAACGACUAGAUAUUGGCGAGGUAAAAAAAAAUACAUACCGUAAGUUACAAAAUACCUCUAAAAUCCACGUAAAUUGUACAAAAGCGCGAGCGUACAAGUAAAUUGUAAAGAAACUGACAAAACUAACGUUAAAUAAAAAAAUUGUUAUAAAAAAUUAAUAAUAAAUAAAAUUAGUGAUGAAAAGUUGUUACGAAUUCUUCAAAUUGCUUCGCUUCUUGCAUUCUUAUAGAUAUUUCGUCAAUUGAUACUUCGCAACGAUGGUCUACACUUUUUUCUAUUGAAUAGGCAAAUAGGCAUUGUGUGACUCCAAUAUAAGUAAGUCAUAAUAAUCUUAGUAGCUGGAUCGUGUCUGUUAUUUAAUAUCAACAUAUAAUUAGUAAACAUUCAUAAUUGUCGUGUAUUAGUUUUACAUACUAAACAUUAAAAAAAACAUUGCUGUUUUCUCGCGAAAGAUAAGCUAUUAAAUAUAAAAAAAAUCUGUAAUCUGUAUGUCUAAUACUUAACGUAAUAAUUAUAUCAAAACACUUACAUAUAUAAUAAAUUAUAAUAUAUGAAUAAUCAUUGUCUACAAAAUAAGCAAAGCAUUUAAAGUUGUUUGGGUAGAAUUCGGAUGUGUUUUCAAAUACAUAAUAAGAUUAUUUAAAUAAAGACAUUGUUAUGAAAAAUCCUUGGGUGAUAUGAUUAUUUAUUAUAUUUUCUAGCCAAUUCAUGAGAAGUUGCUUGUUGACGCAAAAAAAUAUGGUCACGACAUUCAAUUUCAUUGUUUUGAUAAAAGUAUUUAUUCUUUAGUAGGAGAAAUCAUAAAAGAAGUAUAAAUGCUGCUAUAUAAAGCUAAUAUAUUAAUAAAUAAAAUAUCUCGUGUUAUAAAGCUUUUCAUUGUUACUUCAGUAAUAUAAUUGAAACCGUAAAUAUUUUCAAGUAUAAUGUUACUGAAGUGAAAUAAAUAUAUAAAAUAUAAUUAGACAUAAUAGCAGAUAAUUCCGUAUUGUCGUAUGUUUUCAGAAUAAGUGAAAUCAGUGUGAAUAACGAAUACUAAUAUUAGAUACAAGACAUAACAAAUCGUACGUCAUUUAAAUAUACUCGUGUUUUUUUUUUUAAUGCGUUUGUGGAAUAUUUAAUAUAAAUUCUUGAUAUAUUAUGAUUUGACUGAAAAUUCGUAAUGAGUUAAAGCUUACAUUAAUUUAUAAUGAACGUUAUUCUCAAUUGCUAUUAAGUCACAUUUCGCUUGCACUUAGUUAUUAUUGAUGUUUAAUAAUAAGCAUUGCGUUGGUGUGCACUUGAAAGACAGUUUGUGAAUGAUUUUGAUUGUGUUGCUUCUACAUUUCAAUGUCUAUAAAGUCUUAUGUGUAAGGUAAUAAAACUGAUUUUUGUGUGACAGCAUAUAUGCGAUGUAAAGUUAUUACCUAUACAUAUACAACGUACAGGUUGUUCAUUGUUGUCUAGGCAAGUUAAAAGAAAGGUAUCAAAAGCAGUCAUAAAUGAUCAGUCAUGAACAUGAACAAUCGAACAGCCUGUAUUACUUCAAAAAUACAUAAAUAAUAUAUAAUAUUAUAAUAAUGCAUAUAUAUUUUACUCGCGACAGUAUAUGUCCGUAUUUCUUUUCGUUCUUACAUAAGAUAAUAUACUAUUUCUUAAAAUUUCCCUACAUGUAGGCCUACCUAUUCUAUAAACCGACCGAUUUUAAGGGAUAUAUGUCUAUAAUAGAUUAGCAUUACUCUUGUAUAAGAAAUACAUAUUUUGUCAAAAAUAUUUGUAUAUCUGUCCACAUGAUUCUAUAUUCUCGUAUGGUCAAUGUUUUACUGUAUUGUACAGUGGGUUCGGUACAGUUUAUGAAGUAAAGUAUCAGUCUAAGGUUUGGCCUUUUUUCUGGCAGAGGUAACUUUGUGCCCUUGCGUUGUAUUACAUGUAUGUUUCACGUACACUGUACCCUACCACAACUUAGUGAGAAAUCCCUUAAAUUAGUCGUGUUAAGCAGUGCUCUUCUAUCGCAAAUUUUGUGUUAUGUGUUCUAUGUAACGCAUAAUAAAAUAUAUUUUUGAAUGCCCUAUUGCUAAAGAAGCCGAGCGUUCAGAUCGAGUAACCGUCAGUCAAUUUCAUCAACGCACACUAAAUGUUUACGUAAUUAUAUGGAAAAGUUAUCUGUAAUAGGAAUGAAUAGAUUUGGGUCGGUAUUUUGUAGUCUAUGAACUUAUUUGGACCCUUAUUACCAUUUAUUGAGAUGUCAAGAAAUAUAAUGUUGAAAUGUUGAAGUUUUUGAUAGUUUACAAAAGUUGAACCUACAAAACGUUUUUUUUAAACUUCAUUUUCGCAUUUAUUAGGUUAAGUCGCGUUACAUAGGACACAUACAUACAUGAAUGCUUCUAAUGAUAUAUAUAUUUAUAUAUAGUAUAAGUAUAUAACUUAUUGUUAUAUCAAAUCAAUGUAGUGAGAUCUAGUGAUGUAAGUGUUAGCGCGUCAACUAAUAGUUAUUUAUGUAACUCUAGGUAUUCCAUUCAAGCUCAAGAUCCGUAGUAACGUGCUUAUAUACUUAUUAGAUUUCCUAUAAGUUUUAUUUUAAUGUUAUUUUCACCAUUGUAUAGUUCCCUGAGUUUAUUGUUAUGUAUAAAAUGUAUUUUGUUUCGUAAUUUCAGUUAGUAUUGUAUUGAUAGUAAAAAUAUUGUUGGAAUGUAUUGUUAUUGAAUGCACUGCCGAUUAGAGACAACUGACUCAAAAUUUUAUGAAAAAAAUUAUAACCUAUAAAAUGUUGGUGUUUACAAAAUUAUAUCGAAACAGUCUAUGAAUGUACUUAAUUACCAGUCCUCGUCACUCCUAAUCGGCAGUGUGUAGGAUUAAGUCGUUUAUUCACUUCGAAAUUACGAGAGAAGCAAUAUUUAGGUACAUUUUAUACUCACUAUGAGAAUUUAGUACGUGGAGUAAAAUUCAAACAGAAACGAAUAAUAAAUUAUGAAUAAUUAGUCAAGUGUUAAUUAAGAUUUGAAGACGGGGCUUCCACAUAUUGUCAGUGAGAUGGGAAGUCUGGUAAAUUAAUGUUAAAAUUAUAUAUAAUACGCACAAUUUAUAUAUAUGGAUGUUGCUUUUUAGACCUUAUGGCUUUACCAUACCGUCUAUUUUACCGUGCCCAUACGUUACAAAUGAAUGUUAUUUCUCGUAAUUUCGUAGGAAACGUCCAAAAGACAAGUUUUCUUAUAUUAAAGUAAGAUUGUUUGGUAUGAAUUAAAUAAAUGUAAAAUUUAAUCGA